AUGUUCGUGCGUGAGGCUGAAGCUUUGGCACUUAGAGAAGCAAUCCAAGUGGCAUUUGAUUUGAAUAUGGAAAAUGUGGCAUUCGAAAUUGAUUCUCAAACAGUUGUUCAAGUCAUUCACUCCAACUAUAAGAGUGGCUCCGAGUUUUAUUUUAUCAUUAAUUCUAUAAAAGCCUUGUUAAUACUUAAUCCUAGCUUCAAGGUAAAACUCAUUAAACGUCAAGCGAAUAUGGUUGUCCACUCUCUUGCUAGGGCGGCCAAUUCUUGGCCUAGGUGUAAUUUGUUGAAUUUAGCUCCUUCUUGUAUUGAACGUUUCCCGAUUAAUGAUAAGCAUUGA